GCUCUGGCUAAAUAAAGCAUGUCUAGAGCUAGAAGGCUAUCGCUUGUGAGGCUGAGAAGCUGCUUCGGAAAGGGAUGAGAAGUCGAUAAUUAAUUAGGCACAAAAUGAAAACUUACCGUGUUAAUCAACAGCGGCUAACAAUGACUCGGUUUGCAAUAUUAUGAUCUCUCUGCUCAGGGGCUAAGGUGCAACCCACUUUAGGUUGCCUUCAUACGCUGUGUAAAGUGCUAUUUCUAAUGGAUUCUCUUUUAAAAAAAUAAAGCACUUAAAGUUGACGUACGCCCACGUGAAUACAUUAUAUAAGACGUUACCGGGACAGGCCUGGGCCAGGAACCUGAGCAAGCAUCAUGUGUAAUCAUGAAGCUCCACUUCCCUAACUCCAGUUUGCCAGCAUAAAUUAAGGUGAUUUGGAAGGGGAAUGUAGCAUCCUACUGAGUUUGGUUAGGGAGAGAGAAGACUUGGUGGAAAGUUGUAAGAUCUGUUGUGUUGUGAGCUAUCGGAGGCGCUUCCGUUGGUUGUUCAUUAAGUGGUCCGUGCCCACGGAUUAUCCAAAGGAACCUGAAGAUCCUACUCUCACAGUUAAAGUCAAAAAUCAAGAAAAAACGUAAGUUUGGUGGCUGCGAGUGGCCCGGGCCGAGGACGUGAGGCGCGGGGCGGCGGUCAAUGUUAUUUGAGCGGGGGCCGCGGGCCUCGGCGAUCGCAGAGCAGAGGAUGCAGAAAGCCGCCUACUACGACAACGCGGGGCUCUUCGGGGGCUACACCUACAGCAAGGCCGACGCCUACCCCUACGGGGCGGCCCACCAGCCCUACGGCCAGGCCGGCCUGGAUGGCGAGUACACCGGCUCCGCCUGCUCCGUCCAGGGCUCGGCGCCCGGCCGCGCUCCGGCCCACAAGGGCAACGAGCUGAGCGGGAGCUGCAUGCGGCCGGGCGGGGGCGGCCCCGGGGGCAGUCAGCCCCCUGGGAUCGCCGAGCAUCAGCCCCCGGCCCUGCCGCCCUCCUCCCCGCCCAACCCCCCUCCCAGUGUGCCCCCUCCGAAAAAAGCCAAGGGGGGCCCCAACUCCUCGGGCUCGGCCAGCGCCACCCUCAGCAAGCAGAUAUUUCCUUGGAUGAAGGAGUCCCGGCAGAACUCCAAGCAAAAAAGCACCUGCGCCCCCCCAGGGGAGAGCUGCGAGGACAAGAGCCCCCCCGGGCCGGCCUCCAAGAGGGUGCGAACAGCCUACACCAGCGCGCAGCUGGUGGAGCUGGAGAAGGAGUUUCACUUCAACCGCUACCUGUGCCGGCCGCGCCGCGUCGAGAUGGCCAACCUACUGAACCUGACCGAGCGGCAGAUCAAGAUCUGGUUCCAGAACCGCCGGAUGAAGUACAAAAAGGACCAAAAAGCCAAAGGCAUCAUGCACUCCCCCGUCGGACAGUCCCCGGACCGCAGCCCCCCUCUAAGCGGCCCAAACCACGUCGGCUACUCCAGCCAGCUCCCCGGCGUCAACAGCCUCAGCUACGACGCGCCCUCGCCCACCUCCUUCGCCAAGUCCCAGCAGAGCAUGUACGGGCUGGCCGCCUACACGGCGCCGCUGAGCAGCUGCCUGCCGCAGCAGAAGCGCUACGCGGGCGCGGAGUACGACCCCCACCCCAUGCAGAGCGGCGGCGGCGGCUUCGCCAACCCCAGCCUGCAGGGCAGCCCCGUCUACGUGGGGGGCAACUUCGUGGACUCCAUGCCGGCCUCGGGCCCCAUGUUCAACCUGGGGCACCUGCAGCACCCCUCCUCCGCCAGCGUGGACUACAGCUGCGCCGCCCAGAUCCCCGGCGGCCACCACCACGGACCUUGCGACCCCCACCCUACCUACACGGACCUUUCCUCUCACCACACCUCUCAGGGACGGAUGCAGGAGGCGCCCAAGCUCACGCAUCUGUAGCGGGGCGGCGGCCAGCGGGUCCCGCUCCCCUCUCCAUUACCUCACUUUUCUGACGGGACAGUGUUACUGUGCUCUCGAGUGCCAACAGUAUUAGUGGAUUUGUCUCCCUUAGCAGCUCCCUUCUUUCCUCCGCAGCCCCGAGUAGGUCCGUGAGCAGGAGCCUUUCUCUUAGAGCUGUUUUAAGCAUGACAGUGCAAUAUACUGCCAACCGAGGGACUGAUAAGCUGGUAAUGAUGUACUUGAAGGUAAGUCUUAGAGAUGCUGUAGUGUUAGCAGCGCGUCAUGCUGAGGUGUUUUAGACCAGUCGUGAGCCGUCGGAACUCGCCCGCGCGUAAGCUUAUUUCAGAGAAGUUAAUUUAUGAGUUCUUCCGUAACGUAAGGAUCGCAUUGGACUAAAUGAUAUGUAUUUAUUAUUUUAAGCGAGACAUUUUUUGUAUCACUGAUUAUUUAUCCUCGUCUUAAUGUAUUUAUGUGGGUAUUUGUAGAGUUUCUUCACCAAUACUUCGGGAGAGGGAUUCAGGUCCGUGGUGACUUACAUUUCACCUAUUUAGUAUAAUCGGUCUGAGGUAGUUGAGAGAGUAGUCUUGAACAGUUGUAACAGUGGCUGGUGUUUGUAGUUUAUGUAAGGAUUAAUUAAGACAGCAAGUCGUAAAUCAUUAAUAGAGUAAAACAAACUGUGGCAUCACACAAAGAGCCGUUACACUUAAAAAAAUAUUGAAAGUAUUUUUAAAGUAUUUAUUUCUAAUCGGCUGGCCCCACUCGAGAGCCUCCGUGGCUUGGCUGGCAGCUGGCUCGGCCGCGUGAAGCCACCUUUAGAUGGAAGAGCAGCCGCUUUGAGGAGGCGAUCUACAAAGAGGGGCUCUUGGCCAUCUUGUUUCAGAUCAAAUCCUGCAUAUAAAAACCUCGGUGAGGUUAACGUUUAUUUAUUGGCUGGGUAUGUAUCGCGCAUAUUAUUUCGGUGGGCUGUUUUCUUUUCUUUUUUUUUUUUCUUUUUUUUUAAAUUACACUCUGGCUAUCCAAAAUAGAAAAGAAAUUAGAAGCUUAGAAGGCAAAAAAAAUUAGAAAUCCUCUGAUAGUGCUAAUUUCAUUAGGGUCUCCAUAGCAAUCCGCGCAGCAGCUGCCACCUCCUUUGUUAUUUUUAUACUGUUGUCUUUAUACUAACCAUAAAUCAAUUUUUAGACAUCUUUGGAAGGCCGAGCUUUUCCUCUUGCGUUUUUUUUUUUUUUUUCAUAAAUAUAAACUUUGAAAGAAAAUUGACAAUCAGAUACACACAGCCGAAGGGAGACGCUGAGACGGGGUGCGGGCAGUGGCUGGGCGGUGCCGCCGCGCUCUCCCGGUGCCCGGCAAGGACAGUCCCACCAGGCCUGACCGCGGCAGGGGGGCACCGCCACUUCUCCCUGCCACAAACAGGACAGUUAACACGGGGAAGAAAAAAUUAAAGUAACAAGAAGAUAAAAAAAUAGGAAAAAUAAAGGGAACGAUGCCCUGAACCCUCGUGUUUCCUCCUCUCUAGUUACACGGCUGUAUUGAACUCGCUGGAUUUACAGAGAUACUUUUUUUGUAAACGCUGUGAUUAAAGUCUCUUCCUGACACUACAUAUCGCUCUGAGAAGACUAUUCUUGUCUCUUUCUAAAAGUGUCGAGUUAAAUAUUAAUCCAAACUUCUCUAUUCCCCACCAAAGCGUCUGAUGCAUCGCUUUCCAGUUUGACAAACACUGCAGCUCCUACUCCAUCCUCUAAUGACAGACCUGGCAUUCCUAUUUGUGAGAAAUAUUUUGCCACCUCUCAUCCUGGUCAAUACAGACAAGUUUUAUUUAUUCUUCUUUUCUUUCCCAUCCCUGCUUUCUUCCUUGCCAUUUGCUAUUUUUGUUCAGCUGAACACUAAUGAUUCAAAAUAUUACUUAGGGUUUUGUUUUCCCCUCUGUGAGAUUUCAACAAUGCUGUGCUACAGUGAAAAGUGUAUCUUUUGUCAAAUUCCACUUUUAACCAAGCAAAUUUGGAUAUAUGUGUUACAGAUCUGUAAACAAACCAGAACAGAAUAAACUUCUUUGUUUGGAGACAUAUUUUAACCCUUUUAAGCCCUAAAAUUGUAUUCUAUGGAAGUUUUCACACAAAUUGUUUCCUAGAAGCACCACCCAGGAGUAAAUAAAACAUACAAACAACACAAAAAGUAAUGCUAGACACCACUUGUGAUUUAUACUUCUGUAAUAUGCCAUAAAUAUAUAAAUAUGUUUGUCUUUCCAAAACUUUCCACAAUCAGUGUGUCCACAAACAAAAUUCUCCACUUAGGUUUUUUGUGUGUUCUUGAAACACAAUAUAUUUUUGCAUCACCUGCUUCUGUCUGUGAAACAGCAAGGCACCACCAUUUCUGCAGGACACCGAGUGUCCUCCUCCCUUUUGCUUUGUGCUCUGUAGGCUGUAAGUCAGUGUCUGCCCCGACUUACACUAUUAGUCCUUCAUUAAAUCCGGUAAGAAGGAAAAGGCUGUUUAGAGAUCUGGGGAAGGAAGGGAAUUCAGAGGAGCCCUGACCACAACCACGGUGUUACUGAGGCCCACUGCCCUGAAUUACUUUCAUGUUGCAGAAAGACGGGGCCAGCAGCCAUGGUUUCCAGGGGGGGAGGAGGAAGAGCUUGUGUGAGGGAGAAUCUUCUUGUAAAUAAACUCACUUUCUUCCCCGUGA